CGCGCCACGUUCUCCGCAAGCCCCCCAUGCCGCGGACAGCCAAGAAGACGUAUAUCCGCCUCACGCUCGGGCAGAAGGUUAUGCUCUGUCAAAGGGCGCACGAGCUGCCUGGCACCCUGAAAUGUCUGAAACGACAAGCUCUGCGUGAGUGGGCCACUAAAGAGUUCGACCUGCCGCAGCCCAUGUCGGAGCGAACGCUGGACACUAUCCUCAAGUCUGAGGCCACGCUACUCCAGGUGUCCGAGACCAACUACCGCAACAAGAGGGUCGCGGACCCGGUGUUGGAGGAGUUCGACCGGGCGCUUCUGGCCGAGUUCGACCGUCUGUGCGAGCCCAUGACGGAGAAGUCGCUGAUGGCCCGCGGCAAGCUCCUCUGGGAGGCGCGAUUUUCCGACCUGCCGGCGGAGAAGCGUCCUGGCUUCUCCAAGGGCUGGGCGUACCGGUUUCGGAAGCGCCAUGGUAAACGAAAGCUAGACGAAGAGGCAGAGGCAGCAUCCGUGGAGCCGAGCAGUACCGUUGACGGCGCGAAUGAGCAGGAGCUCUGAGAUUGCUCUCAACCUCCGUUGUAACAUCUGAAUUGCGCAUUUCCAGAGUCAUAGACGAUGGUGUCAAAAUAUACAGAUUUGUAGGCACAAAUAUACGUACAUGGGGAGUGAAUAU